UUUAUCUUCUUCGUUGCCACAAAAAUGGCGGCAUUGAAAGCAGCACUCUCUCUUCCCUCACUCCUCUCUUCGUCUUGUUCGAAAUCCUUCCUCUCUCGCAAUCCGCAACUCUAUUCUAUCAAGCUUCAGAUUUCCAAUUCCCUUAAUGCUCUUUCUCUCAAAUUCCCUCUCUCUCAUUUCCCCUGCCAAACAAGAAAAUUCUGCAUUCAACAAUGCUCCACUACACAGGAGGUAACUGUAGAAGCAGAGCCAGCGCAAACUGAAGACCCACUCCUGAAGAGAAAGAUAUAUGUGGCCAAUUUUCCAUGGACUUUCACUGCUGCUGAUUUCAAGACCAUCUUUGGGCAGUGUGGGACUGUCACAGAUGUUGAGAUUAUAAGGGACAGAGAUGGUAAGCAAAAGGGCUAUGCAUUUCUUACAAUGGGUUCAGAGGAGGAAGCUCAGGCUGCUAUUGAAAAAUUUAACUCUCAAGAAGUGUCGGGGAGGACAUUUAAGGUGGCGUAUGCAAAAAGGUUAAAUAAACCUGAUCCUCCACCUACUCAGGUUUCCCCUGCCAUAGAGACACGGCACAAGCUUUAUGUCUCAAAUCUUGCUUGGAAAGUUAGAGCUAGUCAUCUCAGAGAAUUUUUCUCCACCGAUUUCACUCUAGUUUCCGCCAGAGUUGUGUUUGAAGGCCCUUCAGGCAGAUCUGCUGGAUAUGGAUUUGUUUCAUUUGCCACAAAGGAGGAAGCAGAGGCUGCAAUUGCUGCUUUGCAUGGGAAGGAAUUGAUGGGUAGGCCGGUUCGCUUAAAAUUCAGUGAAAGAAGUGUUGUUGAUCCUGAAAACAAGAAGGAAAAGGAAGAGGCGGAGGCGGAGCCAGAGCCAGAGCCAGAGCCAAAGCCAGAGGAAGAGGAAGAGACCCCACCUGAAAAUUCCUAGCCAUACUGAUUAAACAUUGAAAACAUUUCUAUGGUCUGUACAUUUUGAUUUUCCUUUCAUGUUUUGUCCACCAAUCCUUGCUUAAUUUAUUUUGUAUAACCUGUACUAUAUUAACGGCCUGAUGAUUUUAACUUUUAAAACUUGGAUGGAUU